UCUGCAACAGCAUUCUGUAAUCUUAUCAACCUAUAUAGGGAUCUACACCCUGUCGCUGCACAAAGAAAGACUUGCCCCGGACAUUCCUUAACCUGGAGCCGCCCGGGGAAAGGAGAAAGUGAAGACAAGAGACUGGGGGACGUCACUCGUCAUCAGAGAGAGCCAGCGUUGCUGUCGCGCACCACCACUACCGCCGCUGCUGGCAUAAAUAGGGUUUUGUGUGAAGACUGAAAAGGCUUUCAGCGCCAACUCAUAUCACCUCCUCAGAACACCAACUGUACAUCCUUGUGUCUUCGGACCACAAUGUUACACAAUAUAGUCCUGUUGGGUGCAGUCACCUUACUUGGUGUUUUGGAACAAGCAUAUUUUUCCUUGCAGGUCAUUGCUGCUCGGAGGAAGUACAGCGUCUCCCCUCCCUGUACAACAGGGCCACCCGAAUUUGAAAGAGUUUUUCGGGCCCAGGUUAACUGCAUUGAAUACUUUCCGCUGUUCCUUGCUGUGCUCUGGCUGUCUGGGAUCUUCUUCCAUCAAGGUACAGCGGCGGCCUGCGGGGUUUUAUAUCUAUUUGCACGCUAUCGCUACUUUAAAGGUUACAGCGUUUCACCACAGGGCAGGUUGACUCCCAUGUACCUUAAUGCUGGGGUUCUCUGGUUUAUGAUUGGACUUUCCGCAUUAGGAAUUCUUAAUGUUCUUUGUGACCACUACCUGGGAGUGGAUAUUCUGUGAUAACAUAUAGAUGAAGCAAAUGGAAAUAACAAUUAUUAACAGAAGAUUAUAUCAAGUAUCACUGGAGUCUAUACGCUAACAAGACUGGCAUAAGAAGUAUGAAGAAUGGCUAUGGACAAACUGGGAUACAAGGUCCAGUAUUGAAGAGAAGACAAUACCAUUUUCAUGCUUUAAGGCCAUAGUCACCUACAAACUUAGCCUGCCAGAUAUCUGUUGGAUAUUGGACUUUUUAACACACAUAACUACAACAUUUUAUAGGAAUGUUUUAUUUUAUGUUACUUUCUUGAUGUAUUAUAGCUGAUGAAACAUAAACAUUUUUAAGGAAGCGAUCUGUGACUUUAGCACCAUGGCAGUAUUCACUUAAAACUCUUUCUUUGCAAGUCAGAAUCAUGUACACGUUUCUUGGAAAUUGUUAAAUAAGUAUAUAUAAGCUCUGCACUCUAGGUACUGGGCCAUCAAUGACAUCAAUGAAAAGAAUCAAUGACAUCAAUGAAAAGAAUGCUAUUGAAUGAAACACUCAAGGUUGGAAUUCCAGAUCACUAGGUAUCAACCAAUGUAUGUGCGCCAUUUGUUUACAAAAAGUCCAUUGAUUUGGCAUUAUCUGGAUUAUGAAAUAUUCUGGAUUAUCAGCAAAGUAUGAUGGGUAUAUAUUCAAAUAUUGCUGCUUAGGUUUUGUCUCUUUUUCUGUUUUGUGAAUGUAGAACAUGUCUGUGAAUAGUCAAAUAAAAGUGAAAGCUAAAACACU